AUGAAUUAAUAACAUAAAUGUUAAUUAAAGACCUUGGGAUAUGUCAGAAAUUAUCAUUCAGAAUUUGCUUCUAGAAACAUUAUCAACCAUACCCUUUAUCAUAAGUAUUCUGCUUCAUAAAAUUAUUACUUCACAAAAGAAAUCAACGAUAUUUUGGGUAAGAACAGAACACCAGCUACUAUUUAAUUUUAUGUAAGCAAUUCGUGAUAAAUUAAGGAUGAUACUCAAUUUUAAGAAUUAGGAGAAAGAAUGAAGAGAUAUUACUAUAUUAAUGAAUAAUGUACUAAAAUUAAAUUACUAACAGAGUUCUACAAAUAUCAUAAUGAUUUACCUCGCUUUACUGUUCAUAAGAAUAUCAUAAUUAUUUUGAAUUUGUAUUAUGAUAAAAAGCGAAAAUUUGAAUAUUACAAAAUACAAAGACAAAUAGAAUAUGAAAAUAGAAACAAUCCAAAUAAAACUCCAAAAGGUAUUGUUGGAGAUAAACCAGUAGAAACUUAAACAACUCCUGAAUCUGAAAGUAGUAACAAUUCAACUAUAAAUAAUAAUGUUGAAAACAUUCUUUAAGAUAUAAUAUAAUAAGGAGAUUAAAAUUAAAUAAGCUAAGAAGAAAUUAGUAAGAUCUCUAAAAUACAAGAAGAUCAGAAAAGUGAAAUUAUUCAAAUGUUGAAAGCCUUUAAUUUAGAUUAAAUUAAUAAUAACAAGAUUGUUUAAAAAUAUUAAGUAUUUAAGAAAUAAAAUCCAUCAUUUAAAAAAUCAUUAAAAUUAGAAGAAUUUGUAUCAUCUCAAUCUUCAAGAACUUAGAGUAAAUGUAGUAAUUAUAUAAGAGGUCCUUUAUCAACUAGAGUUGCCACUGAUUCUAUAAGUAAGGUAUUAAAAACAUCUUAAGAAAAAACUAAAGAUAUUAAUAUACAAAAGGAAAGUCUUAUUUAAUUAUUUAAUAAAUAUUCUAAAUUAAAUAAACUUAAAAUUGAUAAUAAAAUUGAUUAAAAGAAAGAUAGCAAAAAUUCAAUACCUGAAAUGAAAUAACUUGAACUUAAAAUUAUGAAAUCUAUUAUGGAUAUUGAAAAAAACACUCCAAUAGCUAAAAAGAAUAAAUCUACAUAAAAUAAUAAAGGAUUACAUUAAAUAUUAUGUAAAGUAAAUAAGCCAGAUUCAUUUAGAGAAAUUAAUAGAACUUCUUAAUUAAAAAGUUCAUCAAAUUAAUCUAUUAAAAUUAAUAAUCAAAUAAAUUGCUAUAAAAUUUCCAAGAAUUUUAAUAGCGUUUUGAAUCCAAUCUAAUAUUAAAAUAAUCCUUAUGAACAAAAGAGAUGUUAUGAUAAAUAGUAAUCAAAAUUAAAGGCAAAUGAUUUAAAAAAAUUGAUGAUCUAUAAAUCUGAAAAGAAUUCAUAUAAAGAAAAAGCUAAAAAAAGUAUUCCUAAAUUAAAUUUACAAACUAUUCAUACAUUUAAUAAUCUUCAAACUAGCUUAACUUUCAGAAAUUAAACUAGUUCUGUUUAAUUAUUGACUCCAAAACCUUUGACUGUGAGAUGUAGAAUCAAUAAUUUAAUUAAUUGGUAAGUCAAAACAUUAUAACAUAAUAAUAACUCUUAAUAAAAAUGA